AGUUUAGAGGGCAGCAGUAAGGAUGUAACAUUCCUAUUUUAUACCAUGUGCUCGGUAUACUCAAAGUGAAUUUAGAAUGUUAUAUUUUAUCUUCAGUUAAAUGUUAUAUUAAUCACAUAUUAAAAUGUCGUUUUUUAUAAGAAACAAUCGAGUGAAGGGUAACGUUAAAAGAAAACACAAUGGACAUUUCGAAAAUAGAGAUAAAAGUACAUUUACUUCUAAAGGAAAGAAAAAAAAUAUAAGAAAAUCUAUACCCAAUGACAAUGAAAGUAUAUCUAGUAAUGAUGAAGAACUUGCAGAAGAAAAUGAAAAACUAGGAUUACCAGAGUUUGAAAGUGAAUCAGAAACUGAAGAAACUAUUCAAGAAAAACGUAUUAGAUUAGCUAAAAAAUAUCUUCAACAAAUAGAGGAAGAAGAGAAAGAUAGAGCAGAGUUUGAGGAAGGAGCAGUUGCAAAAAGAUUAAAAGAUGAAUACUUAGAGGAAAAGGGAUGCCUUAGAAAAAUUGUAGCAGCACAUUAUAUUGCUCACAAGGAUCCUAUAACGUUGAGGUGUAAUGCUCACAAAGAUUCUAUUACUUGUUUAUGUCUUUCUAGUAAAGGGAAUAUUUUAUAUUCAAGUUCUAAAGAUGGUAGUUUAGUUAAAUGGUCGUUAAAGGAAAGAACUAAAUUAAAAGUUAUAAAAGGAAAAAGAAAAGGACAGGAUGGAAUGAAAUCAAUUAAUUGUAUGGCAAUUAGUACUGAUGGCAAAUUUUUGGUUGUAGGAGAUGGUGGUUGUAAAGACAUCAAAGUAUUUUGUGGGGAAAGUUUAAAUCUUCUUAAAAAUUUACAAGGUCAUAGAGGUAUAAUAACUGGUCUAAUAUUUCGAAAAGAUACUCAUACACUUUACUCUGCAUCUGAAGAUAGAAGCGUAAAAGUUUGGAAUUUAGAUGAUAUGGCAUAUGUUGAAUCUUUAUUUGGACAUCAAAAUGGUAUCACGUCAAUCGACGCUUUGUCAAGAGAACGUGCUAUAACUAGUGGUGGAUUUGAUGGAACUGUUAGGAUCUGGAAAAUUGUAGAAGAAUCGCAGUUAAUUUUUAAUGGUCAUAGUGGCAGCAUAGAUAUCGUUAAACUCAUCAAUGAAGAGAAUUUUUUCAGUGGUGGAGAUGAUGGCUCAUUAUGUGUAUGGGGUUGUCUUAAAAAAAAACCUUUAUGUUGUAUAUCAGAAGCACAUGGGAAAGAUGAAAAUAAUGGACAACCAAAUUGGAUAUCGAGUAUAGCAACGCUUUUGAAUACUGAUUUAGUUGCAUCUGGUUCUCAAAAUGGAGAGAUCAAGUUGUGGCGGUGUGGUGAUUCGUUUAAAUCAUUGCAUCCAUUAUUUACAAUAAAAUUAGUAGGGUUUAUAAACUCAUUGGUAUUUACACCAGAUGGUAAUAAUCUGAUUGCUGGUGUUGGUCAAGAACAUAGGCUUGGUAGAUGGUGGCGUAUACCAGAAGCCAGAAACUGUAUUACUAUUAUACCGUUAGUGCAAAAUAAAACAAAUAAAUAAUA